AUGGUCCAUCUAUCACCAGCAUAUAAUCACUCCGGUAGCGACGACGGCUUCUGCCCAAAGCGGAUCACGCAGGGCUUGAUUAUCUCCGUAGCAUCUAUUCUAGCUUUGUGCAAGAAACACGCCGUCCAGGCCUCGACCAAACUGAAGCCGAAACCAGGGCUAGCGCGCCAGCCGAAGCGGCUAUUGAAUCAGAUAAGCAACAAGACCAUGAGUCUCAUGCACCACAGGAAAAGGAAGGGUCAUGAUCGAGGGUUGGACAUAGUGGCGCCCGAUGAUUUCGGAGACGGUGGGCUCUGGCAGAGGGAGAUCCUGAUGGGGGACAGGUGUCGGCCGUUGGAUUUCUCGGGUGUAAUUUAUUAUGAUAAUACCGGGAAGCCACUUGAAGAGUUUACUCCCCGAUCACAGCGGGCGAGUCCGUUACCAGCGUACCUAACGCGCAUGAAGUGA